AUGAAACUAAAAAAAAUAGGCCAUCUACAUUUAAAGCAUCACAACAAUAAUGCUGAUUCCAAACACGAAUUGAACAAAAAGUAUAAAGAAGAACAUGAAAAUCCUCGGAUAUUAAUAAAUGAUAAAGCAAAAAAUAAUAUAAACAGCUUAUCAAAUAUGCACCCAUCUACUGCUAAUACCAACAGCAACAAGGAUACCAGCCGAAUAGAUUCAGUCUCCAUAGGCAGAAAAUCCUCGGAUUAUAGAGGGAGAUUAAGUGUAACCCACAAAAGGAAUAGGAAACUUACAACAAAUAGUGCGUCAACUACUACAGGUUUAAAUAAUAGAAGUGUUUCAACUAAUAAAGAUAGAAUUCCUACUCCUGAACUUAAACCUAUUUUAAAAAAGAAUAAGGUAACCACUAAUAACACUUUUAAUCAUACCCACGAUUCUCAAUCAUCGACAGCUGAUACUCCAAACACAAAUGCUAGCGGCUUGAAAAGAGUUUCUUCAAAACAAAGUUUGAAAAAAAAAUUGAAAAACAAAGCCAAGGAAAAAUUGGACAAAAUAAAUAACAGUAAUGGUAAUGUCACUAGCAGUAAUUUCAGUGAUUCAAGAGUUCCUUCAUCUGCCAAUACUACAAAUACUACCAGACAAAAUACUAAUACAGAGAGAUCAUCUGCUUCUACCCACCAGCCUAGUACCACUAAUACUCCAAAGAAUAACGAUAACAUUUCAAAUAUUAAUACAAAUAUAGAUACUGCUACAAAUGACAACAAUGAUGAAGAUGAACAUGGGUUUAUAUCUUCCUUUAUUACUGCGGCUCACUCAGCAGCUACUCAUUUACUACCUAAAUUUCCUAGCGAAGGUGAAGAAGGUGAUGGUACUGAUUACGAUGACGAUGACGAUUUUAAUUAUGACGAUUAUAAUUAUGCUAACGAUGCGGUAGAAGAUUAUGAUUAUGUUAAUGAUGAUGACGACUAUGAAGAUUAUGAAGAGGAAAACGAGGGUUAUACAAGUAAUAGAAACAACAAUAAGCUGCAUCACUAUCGUAAGACUUCUCCAAAUUUAAGACAUAUUUAUGGAACCAAGAUUAAUGGUGGAAAUAUACCAAGUGCCACUGGAUCUGUGAACGCCCUUACCAGUUCUUCUCAUAAUCGUGUUAAUUCUGACCACGCAUCUAAUACUUUAAACACUACAAACACUAAUUCUGCCAAUAAUAACAACAAUAAUAAUAGUAACAACAAUGUACCAACAAGGCAUGACUCUUUUUUACAAAAUCUGGAUUUUUUAUUAUCAUCGCAAACCAAUCUGGGAACUUCGCAGAAUUCUGCAUCUGGUGUCCAUACUAAUAUUUCGAGUACUAAUACUUAUAGUAGCGACAGUAGCAAUUCCAACAGUACUCCAAGAAAGAACACUCUGUCAGAUGUUGCGGUCCAUGAUUUGCAUCUUUUGGAAAGAUCAAUAUCCAGGGGUUUACAUAGGCAUCAUAACUCAACAAUUAAAAGGAAGAAAAAUGCUAAUGGAAAUCGGAAUAGCAAAAGUAUGAAUGACCUGAGCAAACCAUUAAGGCAUAGCUGGCAUAAUGAGAACAAUACCACCACUAGUAAUAAUAAUAAUAAUACUACUACUACUACUAGUAAUCAAUUAAUGGUACCUUGUGUUAAUAAUAGCAAUAACACUGCCAGUAAAAAUAACAAUAAAAUUAAUAAUAACAACAAGAGCAACACUAAUGUGAACGGGUUGAUUUUGAACCCUGAAGUUCUAGAAGCACCUAGUUUAUUAGUUAAAACAGAUGAAGACCAUGGCAACAUUAAUGCCGAAGAAAAUUCCUCUGUUUCCACUGGAUUUAUAGAUGAUGGUAAUGGUGAUCAUGCGAAUAAAAAAACAACUUAUGGUUCUAUUAACAACAAUGAUUAUAUACCUUGUACCACUAGCACUACUCCUGAGGACAGUAGUGAUUUUGCAAUGAAAAGGGCUGAAACUAAUACCAGUUCUAUUGAUAAAAUUCAAUUUAAACCAGUCAAACACCAAAACAAUAUAUCCACCAUGGGUGACGGGAAUUUGACCUUAGAUGCCUUGGGCAUGCCACCUUCAGCAUCUUCCUUAGUUUUAAAUACCACUAUCACCAAUAAUAACAACAAUAAAAAUCAUAUAAACGCUGCAGCCCUAAAAGAGCAACCAGGGGAACAAGUUAAUCAAAGCGAUUAUAUUAACAACCAUGUGUAUGAUGAUGACGAUCAAGCACUGGAAUUUGCCACGGGAAACCACCUUACCAAUGAUAAUACUCAUAAACUUGCAAACAAAAAUAGUGUACUCAGCAAGAAAUCGUCUCAUGAAAAAUUGAGCAAUAGUGAACCUGACGACAAACGCUCAUUUCCUACUAACUUUGAUCUGGACGGCAAAACUAAUAAUAAAGUCACUAUAGCUCGUUCCCCAAGUUCUUUAAGUGUUGAUUCUUUGCAUUUCAAUAGACAUGUUGUUCCUGUUAUCAACAAGAGAGCUAAUAACACCCCUAGGAAAAGGAACAAAACCAUUUCUGUGGCUCCCACUUCAAAUGGUGCGAGUGACGAAUUUGAUUUUGAAAAAAAUGAUCACCACCAACAGCAACAAAAAUUGCGAUUCAAAAUAAUCCCACCCUCUGAAGAUGACCUGACAGAUGUAACAAAAGUCGCUAACGGUAAUCAUGACAAUGAGCUCUCAGAACAAAAAAGACUCGGUAGAAGUGCCACUAUUUCACAUAAUAUUAGAAAUUUACCGGCACCAUUGUCUCCAAUGACAGCUGCUAAUGCUACUGCAACUGCCGUUGGUCUACCAUUAAAAUUAAUUCCUAAUGCAAAAUCAACUAUUAGGAACUCCUUUAGCAGGAAAAGAGCGGAUACCAUUUCUUCAAGAUUAUCUAAUAGCGAACUAGAACAUGAUAAGGAUAAUUUGAACACCAACCUUUAUUAUGGGUAUAGUAAAAGUGAUGAUAAUUUGGCUAGCGGCGGCCAUUUUAAUAAUGAUAGAUACAGUUUUGACGAUUAUUCUACCAACACCUCACAGUACCCAACAUUUGAGGCGCCAGUUGCACCUGAAAAAAAGAAUAGAGAUUUCCACAAUUUAUUUUUAUCUAUACCUCGUGAUGAAAAGUUACUAGCCGACUAUAGUUGUGCUGUUUCGAAGGAUAUUUUGAUACAGGGGAAGAUGUAUGUUGGAGAAAAUCACAUUUGUUUUAAAGCUAACAUUCUAGGUUGGGUUACUUCUAUUAUUAUUCCGUUUAAAGAAAUUGUUCAGUUGGAGAAAAAAAUGACAGCUGGUGUUUUCCCCAAUGGUAUUGUUAUUCAAACGUUACAUGCUAAAUACGUGUUUGCUUCUUUUAUUAAUAGGGAUGCUGCUUUUGAAUUCAUAACCAAUGUUUGGAAUACAAUUAUUUUGAAAGGUGUUUUUAAGGGCAAGCUUUCUAAAGGUGAUGGAAGUGGGGUUAUUGCUUCCAAUGCCGAGUUACACAUUCCUAAUGGCCAUAGAGAUUCUGUGAAUUUAAGUGAUGAUAUCGCUGAGAAUGAUUCUAUUAUCAACGCUGACCGUUAUGAAAGUGAUGAUGAUGAUGAUGAUGAUGAUGAUGAUGAUGAUGACGAGGAUAUUGAUGAUUCUGAAAUGACUAGCAGCGAUGAAUACGAACAAGAAGAGCAGGGUGAUGCUGAUGAUAAUAAAGCCAAAACGAGUAGUAUAUCAAUAUUAGGACCUUCUAAACACGAACCUACGAAGCCCGGAUAUGUUAAAGAACCUAAUGAUCAUUUAAUUAGUGAGGCUGUAAUUAAGGCUCCGUUAGGACAAGUUUAUAAUAUUUUAUUUGGUGAUAAUAUAGUUUAUGUUAAAAGAAUUCUUCAAGCUCAGCACAACUAUAAUAUCUCGAAAAUUCCAAAAUAUGAAAGUAAUGUCAACACAAGAGAAUUUUCGUAUACAAAACCAAUUACUGGUUCUAUUGGCCCCCAUAAGACAAGUUGCUUAAUAAAAGAGGUUGUUUGCCACAAGGAUUUUGAAACUUAUUGUCAAAUUGAUCAAAUAUCUAAGACACCCGAUAUUCCCUCUGGCAAUUCGUUUUCUGUCAAGACCAAGUUUUUUCUAUCCUGGGCUGCAAACAAUCAAACACAGCUUUUAGUUGUUUGUUCCGUGGAUUGGACUAAGAAAAGUUGGAUUAAAAGUGCAGUUGAAAAGGGUUCUUACGAUGGUGUUGGUGCCAGUACUAAAAUAUUGAUUGCUGAAGUCAAUAAGAUUUUAAAGGUGUCAAAGACUUCAGCAGGGAACAACAAAGCGGAUGAUAUGGAUGAGGUUGUUGAAGAUUCUGCUUCUUCAAGUAGCGGAUACAGUGACGAUGAUGAGGAAGAAGAGGAUGAGGAAGAGGAGGAAGUUGUUCUGGAUUUACCUACUGAUGGCCCACUAGUUCAUGAGCCCACCACUUUUAAAUAUACUGGGGAUAGUAGUUUUACUGUUGUUUGUAAAGACGCUAUAAUUAAUGCUCCAUUAGGUACCGUUUUACAAUUAAUGUAUGGUAACGAUACUUCUUAUAUUCAUGGAAUUAUUGCAAAGCAGAAAAAUUUUGCUAUCUCUGUCAUUCCUAAAUUUGAAAAUGGUACAAGAACCUAUGACUAUAUUAAACCAUUGGGUGGCCCUGUAGGUCCAAAACAAACACAAUGUAUUGUUACUGAAACAUUUGCCCAUAAGGAUUUAGAUGAUUAUGUUAUAGUGAAUGAAGUGACUAAAACACCAGGUAUCCCAAGUGGGGGUUCAUUUUACAUUGAUUCAAAGUUUUUUUAUUGUUGGGCACCACAUAAUAGAACCAAACUUUUCAGUGUCACCAGAGUUGUCUGGACGGGUAAAAGUUGGAUUAAAGGCUUAGUAGAGAGGGGGUGUGUUGAUGGCCAGAAGGAAUCUUUGGAAUUUUUAGUUAACGAGCUAAAUAGUAUUAUUAGAAAGCAUACGACCGUUAAGAUAAGAAAAUCUAAAAGUAUUACUAGACACAAGAACCGUAACAACAAAAAAGGUAGCAAGAAAGGUGGUAAAAAUAGUAAAAAUAAAACAUCUAAGAAAUCUAGUAAUUCCAAAGGAAAGGGAAAAAUGUCUAGAUCCAAUAACAAUGACAAAAGGAGUAAGAAUGGUAGUAACCCUUCUUCAUCUAACUUCGACUCAAAUGACAAAAACUUGGCUUCGGAUGAUUUUGAUGAUUCCGCUGUUUUUGUCAAUCCCACCAUUACAACCUCUUCUGCUGGUGAUUUUUUUACUGAUAUAAUUGAUUUUUUCAAUGAUAUGACUUCUUCGAUUCCAAAAUUGAUUUUCACCUGUGUUUCCAUGAUUCUACUUAUCUCAUUUAUGUUUCGUUUAGUGAGGGGAACUAUAUUUGGGUUUUCAUCUUCCUCUUCGUCUUCUGGUAAUGUGAAGGUAUUGGGUGGAAAUACUAUGCUAAUUAAUGGCAUGGAAUAUAGUUACAUCCCAACAUUAAACACGUUAUACAAAGAGAUUGGUAGUAAAAAUAACGAUAUGUUUGAUGAACAAGAAGCUAAUGUAUGGAGCUGGAUUAAUGAGUAUACCAAUGAUAACGAAGAUGCCCAUAUGGAUGAUGAUUCAAAAGGGAAAUCUUUUAACAAAUACAAAUUAUCACAUCGGGAACAAGAUUUAGAGGAAUAUAUCAAGGCUACCGAGAAAGAGUUAAAUAAAUUGAAAUCGGACUUAGAAAUUAAAAAAGGAGAGAAUUGA